AAGUAAGUUUCCUUUUCCAAUUACACUGUAAACACGUCCGCAUGGGAUUAAUGUCACACCAAACAUGAUGUAAAUUUCAUUAGGAAGUAAUUUGAAUAGACAAAUAUGGCCGCAAAUAUGAUCACAGUAGUAUUCAUCAUGUUUACACAGACAAGCAAUGCUGCAACUAUUACACCGACUAUCGGAGAAACGGGAUCUGGUGACAUAGAUGACCAAAGUAUCCCAACAAAAAACUUCACUAAUAAAUAUCAUUCAACAGAACAACUUGAAGCCAUUAUGAGCACAUCAGUUAAACCCCAGCCUUUUUCGGGUCAGAAUAUAAACCAUACUAUGGAAAAUAGUACUAGUGUUGAAGCGUCAGAAAAUAUUCUAUCAUCAUCAGCUUUUGUGGAAGAAACCACGUCUACCGUUACAUCAGACAUAGUGACAUCAGCUAACAAUGAGAUCACCAUAACGCUCUUACCUUAUUCAUCCACAACUAAAAAGAGUUUAAUCACUUCGCCAAUUAUAACAUCAAUCAAAACACAGAGCACAACACCAGAUUUAACAACAGAAUUACGCAGUGAAACGGACGCAAUGAAGAGACCUACGACAUAUAUUCGCAAUGAAACUUACAUAACGAAGAGUCCGACAACAUAUCUGCGAGAUGAAAUAGACAUUACCAAGAGACCGACAACAUAUAUGCGAGAAACGGACGUUACCAAGAGACCGACAACAUAUAUUAGCGUGACUUCUUCUUCAAUAGAACCAUCUAUUGUUGAAAAUGAAACCACAAAGUCCUUAUAUACAGACAAUACCGUAACCGAAAGAACAUCUAAUUAUACUGUAGAAAAUGUUCAUUCAACUGAGGAUAUCUACUCAAAUAGUACUUUGGGUUUUGUCAAAUCAACAAUCACAACAACUAAACCAUCGGACAUUUCACAGACUGCUUCCUUUUCAGAUAUCACAACAGCAAAAAUGAGCAAUGUCAGCAAAAACAAAGAAAUAGGAACAGAAGACGAUAAUCUACUUCUUCAUCUCGCUUAUAUAUUACCAAGCGCUUUUGUUUUACUAUUGGCAGUUUUAAUUAGUGGUGUAUGCCUUUACAGGUAUAAAAGAAGGAAAAAAGCAGAGGACAUACAUGGUGGUUAUGUUCAAAAACGUCGCAAAAUUUCUUCAACUCCUGCUUUUAUGCAACAAAAUAUGAAUGCUUUGGCAUAUCAAUUUCAAUCUCGUGAUUCAAAAGUACCGUCUGCAUUCAAAACAAAACUCGGAAACCAGGGAAAUGGUUUUGAAGAAAUAGAAUUGAGCGAAGACAAUCAAAUUGCAGAACAAAAUUCUGAUAAAAAUCAAAGAACAGUAGUAAUGGAAUCAAAUUUUAACCAAAAAAGUAAGGACAGAAGUUUUUUCACAACCCUAGUAGAAAAUGAACAAAAAUAUGAUACAGAUGACACUCCACCACUUCCUGGAAAAGGUAACAAGAUUCAAAAUGUUACACAUGACACAUCGGCUUCCCACUACGACGUUCUUCCUCUAAGAGAAAGUUUACCGGUAAAACAACGAAGACAAAAUUCAAUAGACGAAAUACAAGGGUUAUCAAGAAACAUGUACAAAAACCCAGAAUACGAUGUAUUACCUCUUCGAACAUUUACACACAAUCAAUUACCGACCGACUCCCAAGAUAGAACAUUUUUAGAAACAACAAAGAAAGAUAUUAACUCAAUAUACAGUGUUCCAACAGGAAGGGAAACAAAACUGUCAAUUGAAACUUUUAAUGUCCCCGAUGAAGUGUUCAGAGACGAUACAAGUGCAUCCGGCAGUAAGAGUGAAACUGAAACUGAACAAGACAUGACAGAACUUGAUAUGUUUGAAAACAAUGCUGUUGAUAAAUUGAAACGUCGUGAGCCAGCUGUACGUGCGCCGUCAUUUGUGGCACUACCGAGAGCAGCAUCCGGGUCUUUAAGAACAGCAUUGUAAUAAUUAAACAUUAAAGUAUUUGUUUUUGUUA